CGAAAUCAUCUGGAUUUGUUAUCCGUUCAGGUACAGAAUGGUGUUUACCGGGAGUUCCGAACAUAGCGCCUUCUUUUUCACAUCGAGAACCUUCAUUCAGAAUUCUCCGUAAACUUCUUUCUGAAACUCCGGUUAGCCCAACUACUCUCUCUUGUACCUUUCUUAACGGUAUCAAUACAUGAACUGCAGCCGCUUCACUUUUCAUAAAUGAAUGGACGUUAUUUACAACCUCUCCUGUCUGGCUGUGCAAAGUUGGCAUUUGUUUUCUUUUUAAAUGUGUUACUGCCCUAAAAGAAAUAUAUCAGUUAAAAACUAGCAACUGGCACGUGGGAAAAGCACACAGUAUCUACUAAUAACAGCGAUCCUGCGAGCUCAACGUCUGCCUUCUUACUAUUCUGUGGAAGGGAAGGAAGCGAAGGUGCAUAAUCCUGUUUAUCAGAGACCAGCAGUGGCCCGUGUUCUCACAUGAAUCCAGUUCAUUCUCCCCCAACAGCCUAUUUCUCUAAGAUGGCAGAACCUGAGGAAACAUGGAUAUGUCUUGAGUUCAUUUACCAUGACCUGUUUAUUUAUACUUCAGCAAGCCCCAAGGUGAACUUUCUGUUGACACAUGACAGGGACAGGCUCCAUGAUGGUGUAAUUAGAGAUGUGGAGCGCCAACAGAGAAGAAAGACAGAGAAUAUUUACUUGCUUCAACAGCAAUUAGAACUUACAAGACAACUGAGGAAAAGUGAGGAUGAACAAUUACAGAACAGUGAAAGUGCUGGAUAAUGCAUGACAGAGACUUUCUUGUAAUCUAGAUUUCACCAGUACGCAAUACUAAUACUGCCUGCAGUUGGAGAGACUGUAUACUUCAGACACUACAUAAUUUUCAUGAGCUCAGUUGUACUGUAAAUAAAUUCUUAUGUAAGCUGUAUGAUAUAGUUAUUCCAUAUACAGUAGAACUU